CUACGUCGUUGAACAGGACUAAUAACAUCAACCUAAAAGAGAACAUUCGUUUUCGCAUCUACAGUUACGGAUUUUCAUUAAUUAUCCACUACUUGGUUAUUUGUUAUUGUUAAAGACUAGAGUUUAUCUUCCUGCAUUCUGUGUACACGUAACUGUUUCAGUUGUUAGAUAUAAUUUCUCCAAUGAACGGGCACUGUAGUGAAAACAAUAUUAAACAAGAAUCACCACACGAGACUGAUUAUGAGUAUAAGCACGAUGAUAUGCCAAUAUCAAGUAAAGAACCAUCAUAUGCUUCCUCAGGGUUUAAUCUUCCAUCGACCAUCAUGCCCUAUGAUUGCGUUCUUAUCAAACAGAAACCGAACGCUUUUUUAUCAAGCGACCGUACUGACGUCGAUGAAUAUAACGAGGACAACCCGGAAUUGAAUUUAAAAGUGGAUGAAUCGAGGUUUACCUCUGAAUCGUCAUAUCAAUCCGAGUCUAUUAAGCAAGAACCCGAGCUUAUCAUAGAAUCUGACGCCGAUGAGUUGCCUCCUGAUCAUGAGGAAACCAAUGCAACGAAUAACCAAGUAGAUUCACAUAGAUGCUAUCUCUGCGGUCAAACGUUCGCCGACUCGGAAAGCUGCGAUUGGCACCUCACAGAGCACCUGGACAUGCUACCCUACGAAUGCGAGAUAUGCACGCAUGAAACUGGUAUUCCGGUAAAGAUCACUGCUUCGUUGGUUCAACUUCAUCGACACGUCAAAAUGCACACAAACCGAUUCAAAUGUCCAAGGUGCCCUCUGCGAAGCAAAACGAAGCAAUCAUUGAGGGAACACGUUCGGCUAAAGCCUGGCGGAAACGAUGAGGACAAACACACGUGUACGGUCUGUGGAAAGCAGAUGACCAGAAAGUACCUGAUGAGACACAAGCGGGAACACGAAUCGCUGGAACAAGGCCGAUUCAAGUGUUCGGUUUGUGGCAAAAUGUUCAAAACCAGACAGUGUCUGACUGUGCACGAACGAUUGCACACCGACGAGCAUCCGUAUCAGUGCAAGUUUUGCCCGAAAACCUUCAAGAACCUCGGAACUUUCAUCGGCCACGAACGAAUUCAUACGGGCGAGAAACCUUACCCCUGUCAAGUUUGCGGUAAAACUUAUCGAUGGUUGGUCUCGCUCAAGAGCCACCUGGAAGCCGCUCACGGAACGAGUGUGGAAACAGCUACAAAGCCGGCUGACUCAUUGGGGAACUACAAAUGUGAAUUCGAAGGAUGUGAUUACAACACCACGAAGAGGGCCCAGCUCAGCCAUCACAGAGCGAAGCAUAGAAUGAAGUUCCAAUGCGAGACGUGUUCGAAAAAGUUUGCUACCGGAAAUGAGCUGAGAAGCCACGAGAAUACACAUAAGACCACCAAGGACUACCAUUGUGAGCAGUGCUCGAAAAGUUUUCGCACGAAGAGAUACUUAGAAAAACAUAUGGCGGUGCAUAGCAAGAUUCGACCGUUUGAGUGAUAAACCUGCGGGGAGGCGUACCUUCAGAAGAAACAACUUACGAAACACCUCUUGAAGAAUGUUGAGUGUCAAAAAGCAGACCAAGUGGACGUUAUCGGUGAAAAAGAGAUCUCAUUAAAUCCAAACAACAGAGAAAGUGUGACUGUGGAAUAAAAUCUUAAUUUUUGCGUCUACAUAAUAGCAUUUUUAGUACCCGAAAAGCCUUGCAACUGCAAGCUCGAGCUUCUUCUGUUUUCCAGGCUGGGCGGCUGAUCAACGUUAGAGUGACAAUUAACUGCCGUGAAUCGCAGUCCCAUCUUUGCUGGAUUUCCUAUGCAAAUGGGACAGAUAUGCGAUUCACGGCAGUUAAGGACUCUAAGCAAAACUGUGCACCAUGGUCUUACGGCGUAGGUUAGGGGAUUAUAGUCCCCUAGCCUACAUCGAUCCAGCCAUACACAAGAAGUAUCCGCUUACUCGCUGAUCUAUUGAAAGAUUGCGGGUUCUCAUCGUUGCGCUGCUGAGUUGGACAGGAUCUAUGGUGCGAUCGUUUUGAGAUAAUCAUAUCACCCACUAGAGCUGGAAACAGCUUCCAUUAUGAUAGGUGAUAUACAGAGUUUGGGUGAUCGGUUAGAGGUCGAUCGACAGAGGAAUGUUCAACUUCAGUACAAUCAAAGUGAACAAUCCACAAUCAGGAAUUACUGAUGAUUAUAUUCAAAGACGCGAGCUCAGACGAGAAUACGUUUGCUGCCUAAGCUUCGACGUCAUCAAAGGAGACCUAAAUGAUCAGGUAGGCCAGGAGGAGGAAUUCAGACCGACGAACAAAAAUAGUCUACGACCAGAUUUUGAGAAUAGCUUAACUAAAUUAAAGACUAGAGAAAGAAGACAAACCAAU